CCAAAAUGUCGCAUACUGUUUUUGUAUCAUCUCGCAAUAAAGAAAAUCAAUUUUCAUAAUUUAUCCAUGAAUUUGUGAUUGAAUACUAAGUUAACUUCUUACAAAACCAAGGAGUAAUAUCACUUCAGCUCGCAGCCAUGAACAAUACAGCGCCGACAUCAGCCGACGCAUGCCUCAGCAUCGUGCACUCUCUCAUGUGCCACCGGCAGGGCGGCGAAAGCGAAGGCUUCUCCAAACGAGCCAUAGAAUCCCUCGUGAAGAAACUCAAGGAGAAGCGCGAUGAACUCGACUCACUCAUCACUGCCAUCACAACUAACGGUGCUCACCCUAGCAAAUGCGUCACCAUACAACGAACCUUGGACGGCAGACUACAGGUUGCCGGUCGCAAGGGGUUCCCUCACGUGAUAUAUGCUCGUAUAUGGCGCUGGCCAGAUCUCCACAAGAAUGAACUGAAACAUGUCAAGUUCUGUCAGUUUGCUUUCGACCUCAAAUGUGACUCAGUCUGCGUGAACCCUUAUCACUACGAGAGAGUCGUCUCUCCAGGUAUAGAUCUCUCCGGGCUAACCCUCCAGUCAGGCCCAAGCAGAUUGGUCAAAGAUGAGUACACGGCAGGUCUCAGUGGUAAUGGCAUGGACAUGGACACAGGUGAACUGGUCACCAUCCAGCACCAUGCCACCAGCCCCAGACACCACCACUCCACCAUCCCGCACCACCACCAACAGUUCCAAACCACCAACAUUAUUAUAAACCAGGGACAAACGCCAGAAGGCGUUCCGAACAUGUUUUCGCCGACACACGGGCCUCGGGCGCCUAUCAGACCGCCCGGUGGACCUCCGCAGAUGGUGCCUCAACCGCAAAUGGGUCCAGCUCCUCAAAUGAUGCAGAACCACCCAAACCACCCUAGUGGUGCCCCGAUGGCUAACCGUCCGAGUGGGCCGAUGACGCCAACACAACAAAUGGCGCCCGGUACGCCGCAGAUGGCGCCGGGUACUCCUCAGAUGGCUCCAGGAACUCCUCAAAUGGGACCGGGUACGCCGCAAAUGGGUCCGGGGACGCCUCAGAUAGGGCCUGGGACGCCGCAGAUGGGGCCUGGGACGCCGCAGAUGGGGCCUGGCACUCCGCAGAUGGGACCUGGUACGCCACAGAUGGGGACGAGCGUGCCACAGAUGGCGUCACCGCGUAUGGCGUCGGCACCUAAUCAGAUGUCGCCGGGAACGCCUCAAAUGCCCUCGAUAAGCCAAGGCAUGCAGAUGCCCACCCAGCAACAAAUGGCGAUGGCCCAGCAGAGAGCCAUAGCGCCCAAACUGGAGCCUCCGGACACUAUGGACGCGAGGGCGAUGUGGCUGCCUAAACGAAUGAACCGUUCGGCAAUGCCAGUCAAUAUCUCCCCGGGAGGCACUACACCUCUCAUCGACGGCAAUAAUACAACCUUCUUCAACGCUACAGAGCAAACCACAGCCGAUACACAAAUGACGCAGACAUUACCAGGCAAUACAGCGGGCACGGUAUGCGUGUCACCACAACCCGGCGAGGGUACUGCGCAGCAGAACGGGUUCGCCGCCACCAGCCCGCAGCCACAACCGCAGCCUAGUCCACGCACGCAGCACCAACAAGGCACUUGGACCGGGAACAACACGCUGACAUACACGCAGAGCCUAGCUCCCCCGCCCGCUGCGCCCCCUGGCCCUGUCGACGCCCCUUCGCACCACCACCAUUAUUAUAACGGCAAUCCAGGCGGCCUGCUGUCCAGUCAGCCGGCACCAGAGUACUGGUGCUCUGUCGCCUACUUCGAGCUGGACACGCAAGUCGGGGAAACCUUCAAGGUGCCGUCGAGUAGACCCAACGUCACCGUGGACGGGUACGUGGACCCAUCGGGAGGCAAUCGGUUCUGUCUGGGGGCUCUCAGCAACGUCCAUAGAACGGAACAGAGCGAGCGUGCACGGCUACACAUCGGCAAGGGCGUUCAGCUGGACCUCCGCGGUGAAGGCGACGUGUGGCUCCGUUGUCUGUCCGACCAUUCGGUGUUCGUGCAGUCGUACUACCUCGACCGCGAGGCCGGCCGCGCGCCUGGCGACGCUGUCCACAAGAUAUACCCCUCGGCCUGCAUCAAGGUGUUCGACCUGCGUCAGUGUCACCGGCAGAUGCAGACGCAAGCGGCAACGGCGCAGGCGGCGGCGGCUGCGCAGGCGGCCGCUGUCGCCGGACACAUCCAGCCCGCGCACCCCACCGUCAACAAAUGUCUGACAGCUGCGGCCGGUAUAGGCGUGGACGACCUGCGACGGCUGUGCAUCGUGCGUCUGUCGUUCGUGAAGGGCUGGGGGCCCGACUACCCGCGCACCUCCAUCAAGGAGACCCCUUGCUGGGUCGAGGUGCACCUGCACAGGGCUCUGCAGCUACUGGAUGAGGUUCUGCACACGAUGCCAAUCGACGGGCCGCGGGCCAACAUCGAGUAGGAGUUGAUCGGCUUCUUUUGAGGCCUUCGAGCGAGGCGCGCGCGUCGUGCGCACCGCGUGCACACGCCAUGUGCUGCGCUCGCGCACGUCGUCGUUCUUGCCUUCUAGACACACACACCCGCCUGAAAACUUUGCCUCUUGCUAGAAGUCCGAGCUUCACUCGAUGUUGAUUUAUUUCUUUUGCGUAAAAAAAACAUUCUUGUGCAGAUAAACUUACUAUUUUUUUAUUUACGCUUGUCUAUUACUAUGGUCUGAUGUGAUUAGAACUGGAUGUAAUGACCUCCAUUAUCAAAUAUCACCAGACCAUAUUAUGUGUGUGGAGAGAUCCAUUUGAAAUUGAGCUAAAUAUUUUAGAGAGCGAAAAACCAUUACUUAUUGCAAAGCAUGAUUUCUUCAGUGAGGCAAGGGUUUUAGGACCGGUGUUUUGUGUGUGUGAGUGUGUGUGUGUAGUGUACGCAUGAGCGGCGAGACGACGCGGCUAGAGACAGCUGAUGUGCAAGUUUGUUUCGAGACGACUGUGGAGUGUUGUGGACGUGGUGCGAUGGUUGCAGUGAGCGAAUCAACGGAUGCCAUAAAAUAGCAUUUAAUAAGUUAACAUUAUUAUUUUACUUGUAGCGUUAUGUUAUUUACAAAUAUUAUUUCCCCGUGUUUGGCCUUCGUCUUCCAAAUUUUGUUUGUUUGUCUUCCGGCGCUUAAAUUGUUUACGUUUGACGGUUUUGGAUCGUAAUUUAGUUAGGGAUUCGUGAAACAAACUGCACAUGAGGAAUGUGCAUCGCUCGCGUUAAAAACAAAAGGUGAACUUAUAAUUUAUGUCUUGUAUUUAUUUAUUUUUGAAUAAGUAGAUACAGUAAACUAAGUUUAAAGUAAACAUAGAUAUACAUAUAUUGUGUAACAGUAUUGAGACGGAACAAACUAAAUAAUAUAUUAUUGAGAUCUCAGUAAAAUAUUUUUCACAAAUCCUAAAUGAAGUAACGUUAUUACUAUGUAAGAUAUUAGUACUAUGUAUCAGUAUAUAUUUAUAUGAAAUGGUGAAUAUCGAUGAACAUGUUCAAUGUUCUGUCUGUUGCUCAACUGACGUAGAACUAAGUUUGUCGAGUUGUUUUUACUAUAAAGAGAAAGAUUUACGAAUUUUAGUGACAGCGAUACCAAAAUAAGGCAUUUUAUAGAAUAGAUUAAAUAUGACAAGACAUAAUUAUGGUUCAACUUGAAAGAAGCCAAAUGGGAUAGCUUUUGACUUAGAGUAAGUGAAGUUAGUUAGUGUUUGGUUAAGUUACUUAGUAAUUUGUGAUAGGUGUACCGAUAGAGCGCGCGGGGGUGCGUGCGGCCAAGGUUGUAUUUGUGUUAGCUUGAUGUGCCUAGUUAGUGGAAAUUGCAUGAAUUGUGAAGAGCUUUUAAAAUAUACUAGUGCCAAGUCGAAUAUAGUACCAAACAUUUCUUAUCUUUUGUAACACAAAUUGAAACAUCGUUUCUCAAAGGAACGUAAUAAUAGUCUACACGACGACCUAGUCAAAUGAAAUACUUUUUUCGAAACCUCAAGACGAAAGGUUUCUUUGAAGUUUCUAUGGAAAUACUGUCCUCUGACGUCAUCAAUAAAAGAGGUCAAACGUCGUUCUCAUUGUUACUUAAUUUAUAAAUAAUAUUCGAAAAUAAUUCGAAAAGUUACAUGAGAUUGAUUAUUGAUCAUCUUAGAUUGGCGUGUAUUUCUAGAUUAGUAUUUUAUAUUCUAUCUUUGACCCACUCAAAUACCUGACCUAUAUAAAUUUUAUCUUUAUGUCCAUGGAACUUCUAGUCACAUUACUAGGUACCACGGACAAUCUUAUGUGUCCAAGUUAUUUUCAUGCAAUUUUGCUAAGUUGUUAUGAUGAUCUGUGAUUUGCUAGCAGAAAUUGUUAUAGGAGUAGGACGGCGGCGUACCCCCGCAGUUGGAUAGUACUAAGGCGAACUAUUUAAUGGAAUUGUGAAAUUUCCAGUACGAUCACAAGAUUAACAUGUGUACACUGUAGUACCAUGUCGCAUUCACUUGCAUGACAUAUUGAAUUCAAAGUCUCACUGAAUGUACAGUUAUGUAAAUGCGACAAAGUUUUAAAGAGUACACAUGUUGUUCGACGCGAUGUUUGAUCUAGUACGGUCCUUUAACGUUUAGCGAAAUCGGUGUACGGUCACGAGUACUAAUAUGUAUACACUUUGACACCAUGUCACAUUAACUUUUUUGACAAAUUAAACCGUAAGUCUCAUUAAAAUAUGUCAAAUAUGAUAGUGCGACAGGGUUCUAAAGUGGGUACAUGAUAUUACUCGUGACUGUACGGUGUAAAAAAUUCAGCUUACGAAUGUUGUUUAUUUUCCUUUGUUGUUAAUUGCCAUUAUCUACUGUAAAAAAUGACAAGAUAUUAGACGUAAAGCUCGAUCUGUUAUGUUACUAUAAAGUACCUCAACGAACUAGUAAAAUUGCAAAGGCUGGUACCUAUUUCCUAAGCUAACGUACCGUAACAUAACCCUCUCUCUUGCGCGCUAUAGUAUAUCGCUGGCUUCGACCAAUACACGCAAGAUGUUUAUCUACGUAGACAACAUACGCUGUCUCUAUUGGUCGAGACACGUUAUUUGUCGCGUCAUUAGUAGCGUCACUAACUAGGUACUUAAAACUUUUGGUGUUACGUCUAUUAUUUUUUCAUGGUAUAUCUUCAGGUGUUAUUUACAUUUAGAAAAGCUUAAAAAGUUAUGUAAAGCGCAUAACACCAAAGCCGUCGACCUGCUGGCUUAUGUCGGCAGCCAUGUUAGGGGGUUCGUAAGUUGAAAGACUUAAAUUUCGCCGGGUAGAUUACGCCAAUUAGCGACAUGUCGCCAAAAUGUCGAUGGGCACAUGUUGCCAAUAUUUCUUUGUAUAAGAAAACCAGGUAUACUUAAAAAUGACAGCUAACACUUCAAGGUUAGCUCAGCUGAAGCCAUCCCACACUGUGUUGCCAUUUCGUAAAAAAUAAAUUAGCCACGACCAAUGUUUUUAAAUUACCUUGCAAGGACAUUUAGCACUUUUAGUAAAUGAUUUACUUACAGUUUUAUUGAUUGUUAUAUAUGUACAUACAUACAUACAUAAACUCACGCCCGUAAUCCCAAAUGGGGUGGGCAGAGCCACAAGUAAUCAAAGACAACUUGCAGCCACUGUUGAUACGAUGUCGUAAGCUGGAUAUGAUGAACCUUGUGGUGAUAAGGGAUCAGCCUAUCGCCCAUAACAUUAGUCCAUCAUAUUAGAGGACACAAUCCCUCUGUCGGUUUUUACGACAUGCCCGGGAAGACAAGCAGCUGAACGUUUUCUAUGUUUUUUAUUUGCUCCCAGAACAGCAUAGAAGCAAAUAUAUGUGACAAGUAUUAUUGAUUAAUUUUAAAUUAUUAAUUAAAUACAUUAGUCAGUAAUUCACUUAAUUUUCAACAAUAAAAUUUACAUUCUUGGAAUGUUGGAGAUACCAAUUUAAUGGUAACACUUACGUCAUCAAAAGGCUAGCAAUGACGGCUUUUCAUAGAGCAUACCUGGUUUUCUUAUACCAUGGCCAAUAUGAUUAUAUAAGCAACCGGGUUCUGUCGGUAGGUCGGCGGCUUUGGUGUGUAUAACGCUUUAUGUUACUUAUUAUAAAAUACAUGAGUUUCUAGCUGUAGUCCACGUAUUCUGCUCUCAAAUAUUUUUUUAUUAUCUUUAACCAUAGCGGUGAGGUUUUCCCGUGAAAUCAACCCUAGGUGCCCCUCUCUCGAGGACACCAUUAUUUUUUCGUCGUACUUUAACUUUAGAUUAUUAUAAGAAUAAAUGACAUAUUUUGUGUACGAAAUCGUAAACGGUUUACUAGGCGUAAGUGUAAUGUGUAUGUGUUUACUAUAAUUGAGAUUUUUGUCACUUGCUUAAGAUUUUGCUUUAAUUAUUAUUACUUGGCCGAUUUAUGAUAGUUAUGUUGAAUGAUUUAUAUAUAAUUACUGUUAGUGAAAGUUAGUGUUUUUGAUUUUUCUCAUAAUUAAAUAUUACUUAUAUAUAAAUUUAUUAUUUUUAAGAGGUUUUGACAAAGUAAAUGUAAAUUAUGUUAAUGUAGAGGCCGGUUGCACGCUUGAUGUUAGCCAAUUGUAUUUGUUUCUAAUUCGGUUGCUGGAUAACACGCUCAUCACAAAGGAUUUUGUUAUUUUUGUUAUUGCUCUAUGAUAUAUUUUAAUUUGCGCUUCGGAAUUCACUGUUCACGAUUUAUGUAUUGUUACCAAUGGCUUUGUGAAGAUUCGGACUAAGCAAGUUUUGUAAAUAGUACAAUUUAUUAAAAAUAUUUUUAUUAGUGUUAGGAGUGUGCGAGUCAGUCUCUCGGACUAUAAUUAUACAGGUGGUUGCGAGUCGGUACUUAGAAUAUAUAUUCAAUAUUUUUUUCUCUUAGGAAGCUUUCACAAAAUUAUGUAUCGAAAAUACCUCUUUAUAGUGAUCAAAAGGAUUCAAAGGGUUUUUAGAUGAUAUUAAAUAAGUGGUAAGUUUUUUAAAUGAUGUUGAAGUUUGGAAUAAUAAAAUAUUUGUGAAAUUCUACAUAGCACAGUUAUAAGACUACCGAGUUUGUGAAUUGUUCCGCCGUAAAUUAUUGAUGCAAACACAGUUAUGAGAUGAUAUACUCCAGUUAUCAAGUUGACAGCUUACGUUUGUUGUGUGCAUGGGCUCAACUGUCGCCUGUAAAUACGCGCUUGCACAUGGGGGUGCCGCACACACGAUCUACUGUAAAUCAAGGUGAAUAGGCGAAAAAAUAUAUAUAAACGGGAUUAUAAUUACGAUGAUAACCUCGUGUCGAACACUCUAGCCUAAACGUAUACAUGGCACCUCUAUCUCUCAUUAUUUUAUAUGUUAUCGAUUCGAUGAUUAGGGCGUCUAAAAAGGCCACAUCGAAGCAAUUCAUCUCAAAAGCAAUAUUGCUAUUUGACAAUUGCGAGUAUAAAAUUUAGUGCGCAAUGCCAACAAAUAUCAAAUAGCAAUAUUGCUUUUUUAGAAGAAUUGCUUCGACGUGACUUUUCUAACACCCUUCAUAAAGGAUUCUUAGUACAAAGUGUAUUUAACUUGCAAAUGAGAGAAUUUCGCUUAUUGAUACCCGGUUGUGACAUACCUUCCGUUUUGUACCUCCAAUUAAUUAGACUUACUCCAAAAGACCACAGAACGAAUAUAAUACAAAACUCACAAAACCUCAUUGGGUGUAAUUAGCUACGGAGAUGUAUAUGCCGUUGUCUUAAUCAAAUUAAAGUUUAAGGAAAAAAGUAUAAAAUAUAGAAAUAGGUGUAGUUCAUGUUAUCCUCUUAUUCCGGCGUAUCAGUUGAUUAUGCGCUGAUAUUACGAUUGGGUAGUUUCCUAGGUCUAAGAUAAAUUAUGAAAUUGUGAUUACUAAAUAAAGACAGAUCUAAAAGUGACAAAAACGUUUUCUCUUUUCUAUUUAACGUAUUUAUCAAUUUUAAUAAAGAAAAAUGUAACAGUCAUUUCGACAUUUUGUCCCGUUUUUAUAUGACGUCAUAGGUUGCUUUACAUACAAAUUCCAUAUUAAUUUUAGUAAAAAGUAACUGAUUUGACUAGUUGGAAACUACCCUAUUGCAUUAACUCUAUAGAUCGCAAGCGCUAGUACCACAAACACACAGUCAUUAGCAUAUUGCGAUUGAAAACUGAAGUUAAAGAUUUUCGCCCACGAAUACUAUAAUAAAUUUCAAGGUAAUAAACUUCUAGAAACGGCAAUAUUACCAUGUCAUACUCGAGGUGACUAAUUUUAAUUACUGAGGCUAUAAAAAACAUUGAACCGCGACAAAGUAACGAAAUUUAUUAAUUAUAAACAUCGUGUCCGAUAAACAUCAAUUUUAUUGUAGUUUGAAAGCUCUAUAGCGUCGCCUCUCACUUUCGCAAAGUGCAAUAAAGUUAGCAUAAGUUAAAACAGAUGCUAAUUCCUGUAUACACCAUCUAAUUUUAUUUUAAAUUAUACCUGUCCUUUUCUUAUCCGCCGAAAAGGAAAGGCAUACAAUUUAUGGGACACAUGUCAAUUUUAGGCACUAAUCUAAAACAAUCGUCUAAAAAUUUUACGUUGGCCAAUAACCCGACAGAAUUAAGUUGACAGCACACGUCAAAGCAUUUGCAUACCAGCGACAUACCUAUUUGAUUCGCCCGGAUUGUACAUUCAUUCUAUUUUAAAUUAACAGCUGUCAACCAUCCGUCCCUUUCCUUUUCGGUGGAUAAGAAAUUGACAGUAUAACUUAAAAUAAAAUUAGACGGUGUGUGAAUUAGUACCACAGUCAAACUAAACUAAUCGAAUCGAUUCUAAUAUUCUUUAUUUCUUACUUCGAUUCGCUUUCUCCUUAAUUACGCGAACUGCUAAAGAAAGGAAUUCUCUUCCUGCGUCAUUGUUCCCGGGUACACAAUAAUUUGGCGAUUUUAAGACAAGAGUGAUUUGACACUAUUUGAGUUUACGUGCUCCAACUUAGACCACAUCGCUGUUUAAGACCAGUUUCGGUCGUGGUCAAACGCACUCAAAUCUUUUAAUAAAAAAAAAUACAUAUUAAUACUUUUCUUCCAUGUUCAAUUUGUAUAUUCAAUAUGCUUAUCGAUUUAAUAUACCUUUUACUUAAGAUGGCGGCGCAAAGUUGAAUUGUUGUAUGAUGAUUAAAUUCAGUUCUGUGUAGAA